AUGUUCAACGAUCACUCUAAAGUCAGCAUUGCACAAAUCGUGUUCUAUUUCCCAGCCAUUCUUAUCUCAAUCUACCUGGCAUGCUACCGGCACAAUCGUCCCCGCAUGUCAUGGAUCAUCCUGCUAUUCUUCUCACUCAGUACGCAUCAUCUACAACAAUCCAUCCAUAUUUCAAUCAAGAAAAUAUCUAACACCUUUUUUUCAGUAAGACUCACUGCUGGUAUUCUCGUAGUCAUCUACGAGCACAAACCCAGCACCGGAAUCAUGGUAGCUUCCAUUAUCCUCCUCAACGCCGGCGUCUUUCCCUUGGUUGCAGCCACAAUGGGAUUAAUCCGAAUCAUAGUGUCAUGCGAGGAUAAUAUGAAUCCGCGAAUCAGUCGGUGCUUACUCUUCUCCCGCAUGCUAUUCUUCGUAGGACUUGGUCUACAAAUCGCAGGUGGUUGUCUUGAGGGAAGUGACAGUUCCAGUGAUGUGGACAUCGGUGUCAAGCUCGUCAAGGCAGGGUAUAGCUGUGUAGUAGUGUUCGUGGCUUGUCUGCUUGGCGUGCAGGUGUACUUCUGGAUGCAUCUCUCAAGUCUUUCGGCUGGGAGCAAGACCAUCCUUCAAGCGAUGAUGAUUGCUCUGCCUUUUAUAGUGGUUCGCAUUACAUACCUAUUCCUCUCCGUUGUCGAUCCGUCUGAUCUUAGAUGGAAUGACCUAACGGGUCCGAUCGCCCCCUAUCUACUCAUGGGGUUGAUCAUGGAGUAUGCCGUUGUUUGUAUCUAUCUUGCCACUGGUUUCAUCAUUCCUCAGCAACGCAAGAACAACAAAAAGCCACAAGGUCUUGGGUAUUCAUCGGUGGAGGAGCUGUAA